ACAGUACGUGCAUGUAAAAGCAGGCUCACGUUCCCGUGUGUAUGGCACUGUGUGGGACUGUGAGUGUGAGUGUGUGUAGCCAAUUUCCUGGAAGGGAUCGGCGUAGCAGGGUUUGUUCUGGUUCAUUGUUCAGAUGCUCGACACUGGCAGUACACACAGAUGACCUGAUUCAACCUCAUCUCUGCUUCUCUAAGAGAUGUAGAUGCAGUACAUCAGUGCAGAGACAUGAUGCAGAGGAAGCUGGCCCUGCUGCUCGGCAUCAGCGCGUUCACGGUCCUCCUGAUCCUGAGGUGGGGGCGGGAGAUGACCCUGAUGAACACGGACACACCCUCAGCAGAGCCUGCACUGCAGCCAUGGCAACGGGCACCCGCGGACACCAUCACCCCCAUCCCAGGCUCCAAGCACCUCAUGGUGUCUGCGUUUAAGGACCACAGACGGGGCGGGGCUAUCCGGGUCAUCAGCAUCAUCUGCAGGCAGGAGCUGCAGCCGCUCUACUGCGUCCUGUGUGCCAACGAUCAUGCUAACGCUAACGUUGAUGGGAGUGCUAGCACUGAUGCUAAUGCUAGGCCAAAUGCUAAGGCUAAUGGGGCUCUGGGUCAGUGCGCAAGUUCACAGGCGAAAGUCGACAUGCACAGUGAUAACUUUGGCUUUCCUUUUGUGACUUCAGAUGUGUUUUGCACAGGUGAAUCACUAAAGCAAGCCACACAUAUCAGCUUGACAACUGACCAAACCGCCAUCCACAAUUUGACAUUUUUGCUAAUCCAAAACCAGAAGGUAAAAGAAUCAUUCAGGUACAACUUCACCAUAUGCAUAUCCAACCUGUUUGGGGACUACAAUAACGCCCUCCAGUUUGCACAGACCAUGGAGGUGUACAAGCUGAUUGGGGUUCAGAGGGUUGUCAUCUACAACACCAGCUGUGGCCCAGAUGUUGAUAAAGUCCUCUCGUAUUACAGGAGAGAGGGUAUGCUGGAAGUUGUGCCUUGGCCAAUAGACAAGUUCCUAACGCCCUCUACUGGGUGGAAGUAUGACUUGCACCAUGGUGACAUUCAUUAUUACGGUCAGCUGACCACUCUGAAUGAAUGUAUAUACAGAUAUAUGUACGAGUCAAAGUACCUCUUGCUGAAUGACUUUGAUGAGAUCAUUAUGCCUUACAAACAUGGUAAACUGGACAAGCUAAUGGAUACAUUGCAGCAGCAACAUCCCGAUGCAGGGGUCUUCAGGAUCGAGAACCACAUCUUCCCCAAAACCCAGUUUGAAGACAGUGGGCGAUUUCGUCUGCCUCAGUGGAGGGACGUGCCUGGUGUGAACAUCCUGGAGCACAUCUACCGAGAGCCAGACAGGAAGAACGUGUUCAACCCCACCAAGCUGCUGAUUGACCCCCGGAGAGUGGAGCAGACCUCGGUCCACACCACACUGAAACAAUUUGGACCCGAUGUAGCUGUCCCAUUCGAUGUCUGCCGCAUCAUCCAUGUUAGGGUCCCCCUGCAAGGAAGGCUUUCCAAAGACCAGCUGUUUGUGGACAAGAAACUCUGGGAGUUUGAGAAACUUUUGAUUCCCAGCAUUGAUCACGCAUUGAAUCAAUCAGAUUUGCUGUAAAGAAAAAACUUCUUUAUCGUUAUCCUAUAUUGUUGUCCUAUGGCACAGACAAAGACAGUAUAGGAAAUUGAAACAUUGUCAUAGAUUAAAUUAAGUAUUUCCUUUAAAAAAAAAAAAUGUUCUGCAUGCUUUGUUUCAAAAGGGUCAAAAAUUAAACUAUUUAAAAAUGUCAUUGUUUGAGUUUACAAAUAUGUUUGUAG